AGAAGGCCUCAAUGGAUCCAGUUGUGGUCCUGGUGAUCUGUCUCUCCAGUUUGCUUCUCUUUUCACUCUGGAAACAGAGCUAUGGGAAAGGGAAGCUCCCACCCGGCCCCACGCCUCUCCCGAUUAUUGGAAAUAUCCUACAGUUAGAUGUGAAGGACAUCAGCCGUUCCCUACACAAUUUCUCAAAAGCCUAUGGCCCUGUGUUCACUCUGUAUUUUGGCAUGAAGCCCACAGUGGUGUUACAUGGGUAUGAAGCAAUUAAGGAAGCCCUGAUUGAUCUGGGAGAAGAGUUUUCUGGAAGAGGUCAUUUUCCAGUAGCUGAAAGAACUAAUAAAGAGUUUGGAGUCGUUUUCAGCAAUGGAAAGAUAUGGAAGGAGACCCGGCGCUUCUCCCUCAUGACCCUGCGGGAUUUCGGGAUGGGCAAGAGGAGCCUUGAGAACCGCGUUCAGGAGGAAGCCUGCUGCCUAGUGGAGGAGUUAAGAAAAACCAACGCCUCACCCUGUGAUCCCACUUUCAUCCUGGCCUGUGCUCCCUGCAAUGUGAUCUGCUCCAUUAUUUUCCAGAAUCGUUUUGAUUAUACAGAUGAGAAUUUUCUUAACUUGAUAGGAAUAUUGAGUGAAAACACACAGAUUCUGAGCACCCCAUGGAUGCAGAUCUGCAGUACUUUCCCCAUGCUCCUUGAUUAUUUCCCAGGGAUUCAUAACAAAUUAUUUAAUAAUGCUAUUUUUUUAAAAAGUUAUAUUUUGGGGAAAGUGAAAGAUCACCAAGAAACCUUGGACAUUAACAAUCCUCGGGACUUCAUUGAUUGUUUCCUGAUCAGAAUGGAACAGGAAAAGCACAAUCAACAGUCUGAUUUUAUUGUUGAAAACUUGUUAGCCACAAUAUCUGAUCUGUUUGGAGCUGGGACAGAGACAACAAGCACCACCCUGAGGUAUGGACUCCUGCUUCUGCUAAAGUACCCGGAGGUGGCAGCUAAAGUUCAGGAAGAAAUUGACCGUGUGGUUGGCCGACACCGGAGCCCAUGCAUGCAAGACAGGGGCAGCAUGCCCUAUACGGAUGCUGUUAUACACGAGAUCCUGAGAUACAUUGACCUCAUCCCCAUGGGCCUGCCCCAUGCAGUGACUCGUGACAUUAAGUUCAGGGAUUACAUCAUCCCCAAGGGCACGACCAUAAUGACAUCAUUGUCCUCUGUGCUGUAUGACAGCAAAGAAUUUCCCAACCCAGAGAUGUUUGACCCUGGUCACUUUCUGGAUGAGAGUGGCAACUUUAAGAAGAGUGACUACUUCAUGGCUUUCUCAGCAGGAAAACGAAUUUGUCUGGGAGAAGGCUUGGCCCGCAUGGAGGUGUUUUUAUACCUGACCACCAUUUUACAGAAAUUUACCUUGAAGUCUCUGGUGGACCCAAAACACAUUGACACCACCCCAGUGGUCAAUGGGUUUGCAUCUCUGCCACCCUCAUAUCAGCUCUGCUUCAUUCCUGUCUGAAGAAGGCAGACUAUCUGACUGCUCCUGUCCUGUCACCUACAAAUCCCCUCCACUAGAGCAUGGUUAACUCCUUCCUAGUACUUCCUCUGAACUCUCCUCUCCAUAUCCCCUAUUCCUUCAAGAUCCAGUGAAAAUCACUCUAUUAAGGGGAGUUUUCUGUGUUUCACGGCAUAAAUUAUCUCCUCUUCUUCAUAUUCUGCAAUACUUCUACUCGUCACCAUGCCUUAAUACUUCCCUAACUGAAUUAUUACUGUGUUAUUACUCUGAAACAGAGCAAAGAAUGGUUUUUUUUUUCCUGUUGCCAUCAAGUCAUUCUGACUCAUGGUGACCUCAGGUGUGUCAGAAUAGAACUGUGCUCCAUAGGCCUUUCAGUGGUUGGUUUUCAGAAGUAGAUCACCAAGCCUUUCUUCCGAGGCUCCACUGGGUGGAUUAGAACUGCCAACCUUUUCGUUAAUAGCUGAGUGCUUACGUACACCACGAGGGACUCCUCAAGUAAAAAGGGCACUAAUAUUUUGUUAUCAGAUGUGGCAGUAGAGAUAUGCAAAAUAUCACCAUUUUAUAUUCCUAAUAUAAUACGCUCGGGAGGCAAGGUUCUGGAUGACCAUGUAUUUGAUACUGUCGUAGGCUGGGUUCUCUAAAGAAGUAAAACCAGUGAAGCAUCUAUCUAUCUGUCUAUCUAUCUAUCUCUCUUUCUCUUUCUCUCUCUGUCUGUCUCUCUCUCUCUAUCUAUCUUU